UUUACAAACAAAACGGUGCGUGGGCUCUAAUUCAUCCCCUUAGCUUCUGUUCGUUUUCCUGGAAAAUAUUUUCUUGAAAACUUUCCGUCUCAAUCCUCGAAAGCUUUUAGAAGCGGGACUGAGUGUCCAAAUGGGUCCUCGACUGUGCCAAGUCUGCAACGAAGCACAAUCCAAGUACAAGUGCCCCUCAUGCCUUGCGCCUUAUUGUUCUGUAGCCUGUUUCAAGAAACACAAGGAAAACCCAUGUGCUUUGCCAGUGUCUUCCUUGGAAAAUUCACCAACCACAGGUCCGGAAUCACGGGUAGAUAGGCCAUUAACUGUUGAGGAACCGAGUGAAGUGCUGCAAAGGCUGCAACUAGAGGCUGUAGCUUCUUCCAGUGAAAUUUGCAGUGCUUUGAAAGAUGAAAACCUUCAGAAGCUCAUUCUAAAUAUAGAUUGUUCACCAGAUGCAGAGAAAGUGAGUGGGGACAUUUACUUCAAUCAAGACCAAAGAACUGGAGAAAGCUAUGGGUGUGGAUGUGUUUCGGAUAUUUACGGACAAGAUCCUAUCUACCCUUGGCUCAUAACUACAAGCACUUCGUGAAGGACAAUUUACACAGGGAAGAAAUCUGAUUUUAAAGCUCUCCACUAUCGAGACAUCUUCAACUUCAAGAAACGCAUUAAGAAUGUUGUGCUUCCAUCUUGGACAUGGUCAGGAAUUUUGUAAUCGGGUUCCAGGUUUGAACUAUGGAAAUUUUAAUGUGCAAUAGCUGAUGUAAGUUGAAGAAAAUCUCGUCAAACAAUUUAUAGUUAGAAUAUAAAUGUCUCUCGAGUUUCCUGCGGGCA